AUGGCUGCCCGUCCUCAGAACAUCGGUAUCAAGGCCAUUGAGCUGUACUUCCCCAGCCAGUGCGUCGACCAGUCCGAGCUCGAGAAGUUCGAUGGCAUCGCCGCGGGCAAGUACACCAUUGGUCUGGGCCAGACCAAGAUGUCUUUCUGCGACGACCGUGAGGACAUCUACUCGUUCGCCCUGACCACCGUCUCCUCGCUGUUCAAGAAGUACAACAUCGACCCCAAGACCAUCGGCCGCCUCGAAGUUGGCACCGAGACGCUCCUCGACAAGUCCAAGUCGGUCAAGUCUGUCCUCAUGCAGUUGUUUGAGGAGAGCGGUAACUACAACGUCGAGGGUGUCGACACAGUGAACGCGUGCUACGGUGGCACCAACGCGCUGUUCAACUCGGUGAACUGGAUCGAGUCCUCGGCAUGGGACGGCCGUGACGCUGUCGUUGUUGCUGGCGAUAUCGCGCUGUACGCAAAGGGCAACGCCCGCCCCACUGGUGGUGCUGGCUGCGUUGCCAUGCUCAUCGGCCCCGACGCUCCCAUUGUUAUUGAGCCCGGCAAGCGUGGCUCCUAUGUCAGGCACGUGUACGACUUCUACAAGCCCGACUUGACGAGCGAGUACCCCAUCGUCGACGGUCACUUCUCCAUCAAGUGCUACAUCGAGGCUGUGGAUGCCUGCUACAAGGCCUACAACGAGCGUGAGGCAACACUGAAAUCGCAGCAGAACGGCAACGGUGUCAAUGGCCACGCUGAGGAGCAGGAGACUCCUCUCGACCGUUUCGACUACAUGGCUUUCCAUGCACCUACCUGCAAGCUUGUGUCCAAGUCGUACGCGCGCCUGUUGUACAACGACUACCUCAAGAACCCCUCCAAUCCAAUCUUUGCCGAGGUUCCCGCCGAGGUCAAGGACGUCUCUUACGACGCCUCCAUCUCCGACAAAACCGUCGAGAAGACCUUCAUGGCUCUUGCCAAGAAGCGAUUUGCUGCUCGUGUGCAGCCUAGCAUCCAGGUCCCCACCAUGUGCGGAAACAUGUACUGCGGCAGCGUCUACGCCAGCUUGUGCAGCUUGCUCGCAAACAUCGACAGCCAGACUGCCCAGGGCAAGCGCGUCGCUCUCUUCAGUUACGGAAGUGGUCUCGCCUCCUCUUUGUUCUCUUUCACCAUCAAGGGCAGUUACGAGAACAUUGCCAAGCAGCUUGAUAUCCAGAGCCGCUUGGACGCAAGGCGCGUUGUUGCUCCUGAGGCGUACGAUGCGAUGUGCGAUCUCCGCAAGCAAGCCCACCUUCAGAAGGACUACACUCCCAAGGGCGAGACGGAUGGUAUCCUUCCUGGCACUUACUAUCUUACCGGCGUUGACAGCAUGUUCCGCCGCACGUACGAGAUCAAGCAGUAG